UUGUUACUGCUGGUAUGCUUGUGGUUGUUGCUGCUGGUAUGCUUGUAGUUGUUACUGCUGGUAUGCUUGCAGUUGUUACUGCUGGAUGCUUUGUGCUUGCAAUUGUUGCUGCUAUUGUUCUUAUGGUUGUUGCCGCUGUUUUUCUUGUGGUUGUUGCUGGUAUACUUGUAGUUGUUGUUAUGGCUUCUUGA